CGGUACUGAAAUUAUCACAUAGAAUUAUUAUCACAAUUACUUUCUAACAUUGCUGCCAGGGAACGCGUCUGAGAAGAAGCCAACAAGGCGCUUAACCGUUCACUCCUCAUCCUUUAUUGAACCCUACCAUAUUCGCACACCGUUAACCAUGGCACACCCCACGGGAAACAACUCUCCCGGCAACGUCCUUGGCCAUAAUGACAAUGCCAAUGCCAACACACUUUUACAACCCGACCUGUUGGAUUGGCUAACCCUUACUGGAUACCAUGAUGUCCAGUAUCGAACAAACAGUCUGAGCGAAUACCGCCAAGCAAAGCUGCAGGAAGAGGCGGUCGGAUUCACUCCUUCGACUCCUCACGUUGCGAAUCCAGCAACUCCUCAGCAGGAUCGUACUGAUCACCUCCCAACCGGUAGCCACGAUGCUUCAGGGAACCACGCCGGAUUGACAGACGAUUUCGGCCCUCCUGUUGUUGGCCGUAGACGUUCCCUUUCGCCCCAGCCUCGUGGUCCUCCUAACCGACACGAUUUUCGAAGCCGCGAUCGCUUCAAACGCUCUGAUUCCGAGGACCGUGGCCGCCCUCGUACUCCCCGAGGACCUCCUACUGGUCCCGGAUGUGCCCGCCCUAGAGCGUCUGGACGACCUCACAGCUUCAGUAGAGAGAAGAUGGACGAUAGUCGCGAUCCGCGACUCGAGUUGGCGACUCUUCGCCCGCCUAGGCCUAUGGACCUUGGCCCCAAAGGUAAAGUCCGAUUCUUUGUAAUGCGUUCGUACAGCUGGGACCAUGUGUACUCUUCACAGGCGGAUGGGCUUUGGGCCACUCAGCCAGAGAAGGUCGGAACUCUCCAGAAGGCGUUCAAUGAGGAAGACAUGACCGUCGUGCUGUUCUUUGCUAUGAACAGAUCGCACAGCAUACAAGGUUACGUAAGUACUUUUGUCCUAUAACUAAAAUCUGUCAAUAAUUUUCUUUUCUUUCGUCCGAAGUCUUUGGGACAGUUAAUAUUAACAUAAGCAUCUCUAAUUUAGGCUAUCAUGCGCUCUGGACCAUCCCGUGCCAUACGAGCCCCCAAGUGGCUUCGAGAAGUCCGGUGGAAUAUCUCCGACCCGUUCCGCGUUGAGUGGUAUAACACAAUAACCAUUGACAGUGACAAGGUCUCGCACAUCAUGAACCGUUUUAACAACUUCCUCUCCGUCAC